CCGCCGCGGCUACUUAUGAUUUCCACCUCGUAGCGAGUGUUCGGGUUGAUCCUUCUCCACUACUUAUCUCCUGCGGUACACUAACCUGACCGUCCCCGACGAUGGCCCCGCAAAUCCCUAGCCUGGUCAGCGUACCUCGCCUAGCAACACUUUUCGCCUCUCUAUUGGUCGCCAUCGGUUCGGGAACCAACUACGUGUUCUCCGCCUACUCCCCCCAGCUUGCUGCGCGGCUGAAUAUCUCACACACCCAGCUCAACGUUGUCGGCUUAGCGGCUAACGUUGGCGUGUACAGCAGCGGUCCGUUCUGGGGUCGAAUCGUCGACUCGCGGGGGCCGAGACUCCCACUCGCCUUCGCCUUCGUGUUUCUCUUCUCUGGAUACACAGGCAUCCGGCACUUCUAUGAUACUGGCGUUCCCAAGGGCGCCACCCUGUCAGAUAUCGGUCUCGCACUGCUUAUCGUGUGCAGCUUUCUGACGGGCGCUGGCGGCAACGCUGGUUUCACGGGCGCGGUCAACUCGACGGCGAAGUCCUUCCCUGAUCGAGCACGCGCUACGACGACAGGGAUCGUGCUGUCUGGAUUCGGACUAUCGGCAUUCUUUUUUUCGACGCUGGCGCACGCACUGUUCCCGGGAGACACGUCCAAUUUUAUCCUGCUUCUAUCGUGUGGCACUGCGGUGACGACUGUUAUCGGAUUCUUCUUCGUGCGGGCCGUGCCGCUCUCCGCAGCUGAGAUCGUCCAAGAUGACCACCAUCACCACGUGCCUGCGACAGUCGCUGCUGAAGCGGAAGCGACUUUGUUCCAGCUUGAUGAGGAGACCUCCGAUGAGGAAGGGGCUCAUACGCCACUCCUAGACAACCAGGAACAGAGGAGUAUGGAACUUAGUCCCGCUCGAGGCGCAUCGACUCAUAGGUCGAUAGCACGAAGCCGAAGCCGAAGCAAAACGGGAGCCAGCGAGGGACCGAACAUUCAUGGACGCGCACUCUGGUUCCAUCCCGAUUUUUGGCUGCUUUUCAUCAUCCUAUCGAUGUUGAGCGGUACCGGCCUGAUGUAUAUCAACAACGUGGGAUCCAUGUCCCAAGCACUGUUCGCCAAAGACAACCCAGCAUAUGACGAACUGGAAGCCUCUAAAUGGCAGGCCGCCCAGGUCUCUACGUUGUCCAUCAUGAACUUCUCAGGCCGCGUUCUGAUAGGGCUUGUUUCCGAUAACUUGAAGAACUUUUAUGGUCUUCCUCGGUCCUACUGCCUCAUUCUCGUUUCCACCCUGUUUUUCAUCUCGCAGCUUUACGCAGCGCAGGUCACGGCUGUCGCAGAUCUGUGGAAAGCAACCGCGCUGGUUGGGUUGUCAUACGGAACCAUCUUCGGGCUGUUUCCGACAGUUUGCAUCGAGUUCUUUGGUCUCGAUCACUUCUCGGAAAACUGGGGCUACCUGUCCCUUUCACCUCUGGCCGGGGGCAACCUCUUCUCCAUCGCAUUCGGCCGCAACCUAGAUGCACACGAGCCCGUCGAAAGCACAAAUAUGAUACGUUCCGUGGCACACCAGUGCCUUGAAGGUCGUGCGUGCUACGUAGCGACAUUGGGUCUCACAGCCUCGGCUUGUUUCCUAUCCAUCCUUCUCAGUUUGCUCGCUGCUUGGAGAGAAAGAAGGAAGCUGAUGCUAGCAUCUGGACUGCGCGAUUAAAUGGUGGCAAUAUAGAUCAUACUGCAUAGCAUCUUCGUCCUCUACAACGAAAGUGGAUGCACCCGAAUAGAACGCCUUUCCUUGCACUUGAACGAUCAGACCUGCUUCAGUUUUCUCAACCGCAGUGCCUCUGAAUCCAGUACCAUCAACCGACAGACUGACGAUCGAUUCAUAGUCGCGUGCUUGCCCCAGCUUCAGAUCCCCCUUCUCGAAUGCCAGAGCCACGCGCGCCAUGACGCAGGACCCGCAAGGAGAGCGGUCAACCUGCUGGUCAGCGAAGAAGCAAAGGCCCGCCUCACCCUGCGCGGUGCGUUCAACCACCAUCACUCCAUACAGAAACUCCAGAUCCCGCUCCGUGGGAUGCACGAACAG